CCUGUUUGCUCCAUAUUUUGUCUUUGAUUCGAGAUAAAUUUACCGACUAUCACAAGGCUCACGUAAAAUAUAAUAAUUAUUGAUUGAUAAUAAUCGCAUUAUAAUAAAUUAAUAAUUUAAUCGUUUAUUGUAUCGUGCAGAGAAGACAAAAAUAGCACAGCUCCAGCUGUGGUUGAUUAGUUAUAAUGGCGACUAUUUCAUUUGCGAAAAGUGUGGUUAACCCAGCCCUGAAGUUGAUUUUGAAACAGAACCAUUGUUCCCACCUAUUAAAUACAAAUGGACUACCAGUGUUAACACCACUCAGCUUAGUACUCAGAAGAAACUAUGCAGAGAAACAAGUUUUUGAGAGAACAAAACCACAUUGCAAUGUUGGUACAAUUGGCCAUGUUGACCAUGGCAAAACUACCCUUACCGCUGCUAUAACCAAAGUAUUAUCUGAUCUCAAUUUGGCUCAGAAGAAAGGCUACACAGACAUUGACAAUGCCCCUGAAGAAAAAGCUCGUGGUAUUACAAUUAACGUAGCCCAUGUUGAAUACCAAACAGAGCAGAGGCAUUAUGGUCACACAGACUGUCCAGGACAUGCUGAUUAUAUUAAGAACAUGAUAACUGGAACAGCACAGAUGGACGGUGCAAUUCUUGUGGUAGCAGCCACUGAUGGAGUUAUGCCACAGACUCGGGAACACUUGUUGCUUGCUAAACAGAUUGGCAUUCAGCAUGUGGUAGUUUUCAUUAACAAAGUAGAUGCUGCUGAUGAAGAGAUGGUGGAACUAGUAGAGAUGGAAAUACGUGAACUUAUGACUGAAAUGGGAUAUGACGGUGACAAUACACCUGUUAUUAAAGGAUCCGCUCUCUGUGCUCUAGAAGGAAAAAGCCCGGAAAUAGGUGCAGAAGCCAUCAACAAACUCCUACAAGAAGUUGAUUCAUUCAUACCUACCCCAGUGCGUGAGCUGGACAAACCUUUCCUGAUGCCAGUUGAGUCGGUACAUUCUAUUCCUGGACGUGGAACGGUUAUAACUGGACGACUACACCGAGGUGUGUUGAAAAAGGGUACUGAAUGUGAAAUAGUUGGUCACGGUAAAACAAUGAAGACAACUGUUACUGGAGUUGAGAUGUUCCACAAGACAUUGGAUGAAGCACAGGCAGGUGACCAGCUGGGAGCUCUUGUCCGUUCCAUUAAAAGAGAACAAAUCAAACGUGGAAUGGUGAUGGCCAAGCCUGGAACUGUCAAGGCUCAUGAUAAUGUGGAAGCUGCUGUGUACAUACUCAGCAAGGAAGAAGGAGGCAGAUCCAAACCAUUCACAUCCUUCAUACAGUUGCAAAUGUUUUCAAUGACGUGGGACUGUGCUACACAAGUCAACAUUCCAGAUAAGGAAAUGGUGAUGCCUGGUGAAGAUGCUACACUGCAACUACGUUUACUUAAGCCUAUGGUUUGCGAGGCCGGUCAAAGGUUUACUUUGCGUUUGGGUGAUUUGACUCUUGGAACUGGUGUUGUUACUAAAAUAAACAAAAAUCUUAGCGAAGAAGAAAGGAUUAAGUUAUUAGAGGGAAAGAAGGCGCGAGAGAAGGCCAGCGCGAAGAAGUAAAAUUAUUUAAGUCAUAAGUUACAUUUAGAAUCAUUCUGUAGACAUUAUUGUAUGCAUUUAAAAUAAAUGUGUGGUAAAUUUAAA